UAAAUAUAAAAUAUUUUUGAUUGAAAACGCAACUAAACUGCAACUGCAAUUGGGGAACUGCUAACUGAUUUUGGCCUUGAAAAUGCACAGCAAGUUAAACGCUUAGCUAACUUGGUCGAAGAUGCUCAUCAAAAUUCUACGUAAUCAUGGCUCACGCACAAUUUUGGCAACUCGCAGCCUGCGGCAGCAUCACGACAGCAACUGGCAGCGCCAGAAUGCGGUCAAUGAGCAGCGCCGCAAGGUGAUACCCAAGCUGGUGUAUUUGCAUAAUCCCUGGAAGUAUGUGGUGACCAAGUUCAAUAUGUGGAAGCUGAAGCUGCUGUGGGAUCGCAGCUUCAGCGAGAACGACUUUGUCGAGGGCUCCAAGCAGGCGGCGAUUGUAAUGACCGACAUCAUACGCAAGCAGAGCGGCGAUGAGAUCAGCGAGUUCACCACGCCCGUUGGAUAUCAGCAGAUUACGCGCGACAUGCUGCUCUCGCGCAAUGAUACGCGCCUGAAGCUGGUGCGCUUCAAUAUGGAGCAUCUGCGUCGCGCCAUUCCCAUGAAGGUGGCCACGCGUCAGAAUUAUGGACGCAAAUAUGCGUUCAUCGACAUGCUGUUCGUUGGACUGCGCAACACCAAGGACUUUGAUACGCCCGGCGAGCUGGUGGAGAUCAAUGAGAUACUACGGCGCAUGGAUAGCGAGCUGAAGACACCUACGGAUGCCAUCUCUGUGCCGCAUCGCAUUGUUUUUGCCGAGAUAUUUAUUCGCUUUCGACGCGACUACACGGCCGAGUGGAAGCGCAAGGACGAGGCGCUCAAGUAUCAUCCGCCGCCGCUCGGUGACGCGCCGCCGCCCACCAACUCACGCCGCAGUCGCACGGAGCCGGCGACGCCGCAGUCCGCCCAGACCCAAUUGAUGUCGCGCGCCUUGGCCGGCAUCAACGAUCCCGGCUGGUCGGUCUCCUUCUACAAGAUUCUCACCUUCGAUGUGCUCAACUUUGAUCCGCAGCCAAAUCAACAUUAAUCUCAAGACUUUUCAACGCUGCCUCUUCUUCUUCUUUUAGUCAAUAAAAUUUUGAGUGAUU